CAUUUUGUCGUCUGGUGUGUUGUUGGCAGAGCUGCUAUAGUGUAGAUUGUAGCUGUGCGCUUGUUAAUCCGGCAAUGGACGGCAUUGUCACUGAUGUUGCAGUUGGUGUAAAGAGAGGAUCGGAUGAGCUAUUGUCUAGCAGUCUGUACAACAGCCCUAAUUCUAGUAUGAGUGGUAUGGUGGUUACUGCUAAUGGCAAUGAUAACAAGAAAUUAAGAGUAGAAGACAGGAUGGAUUGUGCACCCUCUCGUGUCCUUCACAUCAGGAAGCUGCCAAAUGAAGUUUCAGAGACGGAAGUUAUUGCCCUAGGCUUACCUUUUGGGAAGGUCACCAAUAUUCUAAUGCUAAAAGGAAAGAAUCAGGCAUUCUUAGAGCUUGGAAGUGAAGAAGCAGCUAUUACCAUGGUUAAUUAUUACACUGCUGUGACGCCUCAUGUUCGUAAUGUGCCUGUGUUCAUCCAGUAUUCGAAUCACAAAGAACUAAAGACUGACAGUGCCCUCAAUCAGCGUGCACAGGCUGUCCUUCAAGCUGUGACUGCUGUUCAGUCAGCAAGUACACCCAUAUCCGGGACAGCAGUUAGUGAGUGUGCAUUGACACCAGCACAGAGCCCAGUGUUGAGAAUCAUUAUUGACAACAUGUUCUACCCUGUUACACUAGAUGUCCUUCAGCAGAUCUUUUCCAAGUUUGGAACUGUCAUGAAGAUCAUAACAUUCACAAAGAACAACCAGUUUCAAGCUUUGCUGCAGUUCAGUGACCCAAUGAAUGCCCAGCAAGCCAAACUGGCUCUGGACGGUCAGAACAUUUACAAUGCUUGCUGCACGCUGCGUAUUGACUUUUCUAAACUGGUAAAUUUGAACGUGAAGUACAACAACGACAAGAGUCGUGACUACACUCGCCCUGAGCUGCCUGCUGGGGAUGGGCAGCCAGCCAUGGACCCCUCUGUGACUGCAGCAUUUAAUAAGGAUUCGUCUCUGCUUGGUAAGAAUCAAGGUACUCCUUCUGGAAUGGUGUCGCCAUAUUCUAGUGGGGGAGCAUUUUCUUCUUCACUCAGUUUCGGACAGACUGGAGGAGCUCUCAGUCCUUUGAGUGCUGCAGCAGCAGCAGCGGCGGCUGCAGGUCGAGUGGCGCUGUCUGGAGUCUCUCAUUCCAACAGUGGUGUUCUCCUGGUCAGCAACCUUAACGAGGAGAUGGUUACGCCCCAAAGUCUGUUUACCCUCUUCGGUGUUUAUGGGGAUGCUCAGCGCGUGAAGAUACUGUACAAUAAGAAAGACAGUGCACUCAUUCAAAUGGCAGAUGGGAAUCAAGCUCAGCUUGCAAUGAGUCAUCUGAAUGGUCAAAAGAUGUACGGAAAGAUAAUACGAGUGACUUUGUCGAAACAUCAAACCGUACAGCUACCAAGAGAGGGACUUGAUGACCAAGGGUUGACAAAGGAUUUCACUAACUCGCCAUUACAUCGAUUCAAAAAGCCUGGAUCAAAGAACUUUCAGAAUAUAUUUCCACCUUCUGCAACUCUUCAUCUCUCAAAUAUCCCACAAACCAUAACAGAGGAAGAUCUUAGAACACUGUUUGAAAACUCUGGUGGCACUGUGAAAGCUUUCAAGUUUUUUCAAGAUCACAAAAUGGCACUUCUUCAGAUGUCUACUGUUGAGGAAGCAAUUCAAGCUUUGAUUGACCUUCACAAUUACAAUCUAGGAGACAAUCACCACCUGAGAGUUUCCUUCUCCAAAUCAACCAUUUGAACAUAAGAGUGCUGUAAAAUCUGCUCAUGCUGUUUAGUGUGGCAAUACCUGUUGACUGUUUCAGGACACGAGGACCAGUUUGACGUUUUAGUUCAGUCAUUCCUUUGGAGAAAAACAGAGAGAUUGAGAGAAAAGGCAGCAGUAUUGGACUGAUCUUAAGAUUCCCCCCCCCCCAUUUAUUAUAAGUUAACUUUUUCCAUUUCUUUAGAAGUAGUUCCUGAAGUUUUUUCAUUUAUUUAUUAUAAUCAGAUUAGUUGACAAGAUACGUGCCUUACUUGAUAAAAUGGUAUCAACAUUUUAUUAGUAGUACAUUUACACAAACUAUUAUAGUUUACAAUUUGGCACAUUGGUUCUGAUAGUGCAAGGAGUGGGUUUCUGAAAAGGUUUCGUUUUUUUUCCUGAAGUACCUGUACAGAUUGUGAAGUUAUGUCCCUAAAAAAUGUAACCAUUAACAGAACUGCUGUUUCUUUUUUUUGCCAGUCUUUCCAAGUAGUUAAUGUAUUAUGUGUUUGGGGAGAUGAUGGUUUGGUUUCUGUUUCAUUAAGCUACCAUAUUUUACAUUUCUGUUGUAGAUGUUAGUCUGCUUUAUCAGUACAACCAAAGAUAAAGCUUUACUCUAACUGAACAUUGAGAUACUAACCUUUUUUUAUGUUUGCACUACCACUGCUGAGAACUAUGGUAUAAAUGUUGCUUAUGACUAAAUAUACUUUGUAGAUGUACUUCAGCAUUGCUUAUGUGCAUUUACAUGUUGCCAUCUUUUAGUUUGUACCUAAGGUUAAAAAUGGCUGUGGACUUCUGAGUAUGUACUGACUGGUAUAGAUAGUUCUGGAGAAACUACUAUUGCAUGCGUUAGAAAAAGCUAGCAGAAGUGAGCUUCACAGUCAGGCUGCAGCAAAGUAAUCGUGUGACAGUUUUCUGAAGCUGACAACCUGGUGGGACCAAAGUUUAUGUGCCUUUAGUCUUAAUUUACAUUGCAUUAUAAUGUUCAGUUUUAAUAAACCUUUUGAAAUA